UUUCAUAACGAAAAAAGCAACAUUGAGAAUUCUCUCUCCUGUUUUUUCAGCUGCCCAGAUUUAUAGAACAAAUUUCUAUAGUGCUACAUUGCUCCACGACCACACCCCUCUUUAUAGAGUAUAAAAGGCACACAGAAGAGAGUAGAUUGCAAUUCCACUCAAGAUGAGUGUCUUCCUUCUCCUUGUGGUUGUUGGCCUUUGCUCUGCUCAGUAUAACCCCAAUCUUAAUGAAAACCGAACUUCUAUAGUCCAUCUGUUUGAAUGGAGAUGGGAGGACAUUGCAGCAGAGUGUGAACGAUAUUUGGGACCCAAUGGCUUUGGAGGCGUCCAGGUCUCCCCAGCAAGUGAACAUCUGAUCAUGGAAAACAGGCCCUGGGAAGAACGAUAUCAGCCUAUAAGUUACAAGAUUUGUACUCGGUCUGGUAAUGAAAAGCAGUUCAGGGACAUGGUAACCAGGUGCAAUAAUGUUGGGGUAUACAUCUACGUAGAUAUUGUCAUGAACCAUAUGACUGGUUAUGGAGCGGGAAUUGGGACAAGCUCCACCUGUGGGAGUUAUUUCAAUUCAGGGGCAAGAGAUUUUCCAGGAGUCCCAUAUUCUCGUCUAGAUUUCAAUGAUAAGAAAUGCAGAUCAUCUAAUGGAGGUAUAGACAACUACAAUGAUGCUUAUCAGGUAAGAGAUUGUCAGCUUCUUGGACUCCUGGACUUGGCUUUGGAGAAGGACUAUGUCCGUGGAAAGAUCGCCGACUAUCUGAACAAUUUGAUCAGUAUUGGAGUUGCUGGAUUUAGACUUGACGCUUCUAAACAUAUGUGGCCUGGUGACAUUAAAGCCAUUCUAAACCGACUCAACAACUUGAACACAAAGUGGUUUGCUAAUGAAACCAAACCCUUUAUCUUCCAAGAGGUAAUUGAUCUUGGAGGAGAAGGCAUUUCAGCCAGUGAGUAUUUUGGAAAUGGUCGUGUAACAGAAUUCAAGUAUGGUGUUAAGCUUGGAAAUGUAAUUCGCAAGUGGAAUGGAGAAAAGAUGGCUUACCUAAAGAAUUGGGGAGAAGGAUGGGGUUUUAUGCCCAAUGGCAAAUCCUUGGUUUUUAUUGACAACCAUGAUAAUCAGAGAGGACAUGGUGGUGGCGGUGCUUCAAUUCUCACCUUCUUUGAUUCACGUCUGUACAAAAUGGGAGUUGGGUUCAUGCUUGCGCAUCCCUACGGCUUUACACGAGUCAUGUCAAGUUACCGUUGGCCCAGAUACUUUGUAAAUGGAAAGGAUAUAAACAACUGGAUGGGGCCCCCAAGCAAUGCUGAUGGAUCCAUUAAAACAGUAACCAUUAAUGCAGAUACAACCUGUGGGAAUGACUGGGUUUGUGAGCACCGAUGGCCUCAAAUAAAAAAUAUGGUCAUUUUCCGUAAUGUGGUUGAUGGUGAACCAUUUUCUAACUGGUGGGACAAUGAUAGCAAUCAAAUUGCAUUUGGCCGUGGAAACAAAGGUUUCAUUGUUUUCAACAAUGAUGACUGGAACAUGGAUGUCACUUUAAAGACUGGGCUCCCAGCUGGUUCCUAUUGUGAUGUCAUCUCAGGACAAAAAGAAGGAACCAAAUGCACUAGAAAACAGAUCAGUGUGGGCAAUGAUGGCUCUGCUCGCUUUCAGAUUAGCAAUACAUCUGAAGACCCAUUCGUUGCAAUCCAUGUGAAUGCCAUGUUGUAAAUAAUACAUUAUCUAGUACAUUAUCAUUAUUAUACUCCUCACGUUUACAAUGAGUAAAACUUAAAAAACCCUAA